AUGCGCUUCCUCCGAGCCCUCACCGUGGCCGCCUCGCUCGUGCCUCUUGCAUCGGCAGCCGUGUCCAAGAUCUCGCGUAGCGGCAAGUACCUCUACGACGAUGCCGGCUCCCGUUUCUACAUCAAGGGUGUUGCAUACCAGCCACAGGGCGAGCUCGCCGUCGAGUCCGAGGCUAACGAGGCCAAUGGUGGCUUCCCCGAGCCCUCGUCGUUCUACGAUCCGCUCUCCUCGGAAGCGAAUUGCACUCGUGACAUCCCCUACCUCAAGCAGCUUAACGUCAACGCGGUUCGCGUGUACAGUGUCAACUCGUCGCUCAACCACGACGCUUGCAUGAAGAUUCUUGAUGACGCUGGUAUCUACGUCCUUCUUGAUGUCUCGCUUCCCCUCAACGGCAGUAUCGAUCGCGCCUCCCCAUCGUGGACGACCAACCUUCUUGACGAGUACAUCAGGACGAUUGAUGCCUUCAACAAGUACCCCAAUGUCCUGGCCUACAACAUUGGCAACGAGGUUAUCAGCACGCCCGCGAACACCUAUGCGGCUCCUUACGUCAAGGCUGCAGCCCGUGACAUCAAGGCGUACCUCCGCAGCAUCAGCUCGAACGCGCUUGUCGGUUACGCGGCUGUUGACGGCGAGGCCAGCUUCCGUAACGCUGUUGCGCACUACAUGACGUGUGGCAACGACACUGAGACGAUCGACCUUUAUGGCCUUAACAACUAUCAGUGGUGCGGUGACUCGAGUCUAGCGGAGUCCAACUGGAAUACAAUCACCCAGGGCUUCUCCGACAUCACCGUGCCCACCUACAUGUCCGAGUUUGGCUGUAUCACCUCGCCUCCUCGCCUGUGGACCGAAGUUGCUGCGCUCCUUGCCACGCCUGUCUCUGACGUCUUCUCCGGCGGCAUUGCUUUCAGCUACUUCCCCACCAGCGAUGGCUAUGGCAUGACCACCAUUGACGGCAACACUGUCACGACCAACUCCGACUUUACCCGCCUCAGUGCCCAAUAUGGCAACGCUACCGGUCCCAACUCGCCUGCAAUGAGCUCGCAGCAGAACACGGCUGCCACCUGCCCUCAGGAGAGCGCUUCGCUCCUCGCGACCACCAACCUUCCACCCACGCCCAACCCCGAUGUCUGCAACUGCCUUGACAACUCGGCGUUCUCGUGCCUUGUCAACAACGCAACCGCCAACGACCCUGUCAAGGUCGGUGCUCUCAUCAACAUUGCCUGUGACCUGCUCGCUCAGGCUGGGUCAAACGUCGACUGCACCACGAUUGGGAGCAACGGCACCACGGGCACGUAUGGCCCGCUGGCGAUGUGCUCGCCGGACAUCAAGCUGUCGUGGGCGUUCUCAGCGUACUACAUGCUCAACCCCGUUGCCACGAGCUGCGACUUUUCAGGAAAUGCGACGCGCAACGAGGGUGCUGACGCUCCCAAGACUGCGCAGGAUGCCAAGAUCGCGGCUGACAACUGCUUCGCUGGCAAGUCUGCCGUCGUGACGCCCACGAGCUCGCCCCAGUCUACUGGUGACUCUGGCGGUGGCAACUCGCCGUCUCAAAGCAGCGCCACGGCUACCCCCAAGAGUGACGCCCGUGCCACUCUCUCCCUUCCUCCUACGGCUGCCAUUGUGAUUGGUGUGCUCGGCCUCGUUGCCGGCGCCGUCGUCGUUUAA